CUGCGACAGGAGGUGACGUCACCGCCGUGCUAAUCCCAACAUCAUUGACCAUCCAGCAAGAGCGUCCAGUUUCCUCCUUAAGCAGCAUCCCCGAUCCUUCACACAACCUCUGGAUUUUUAUGCCAGCAUGGCUGCUCAGAAAAUAAACGAAGCUCACGAACACAUAGCCAAAGCCGAGAAAUGCUUAAAAACAAGCCUGACAAAGUGGAAGCCGGACUUUGACAGCGCUGCCUCAGAAUACGCCAAAGCAGCUGUGUGCUUCAAGAACGCCAAGCAGUACGAGCAAGCCAAGGAUGCUUACCUGAAGGAGGCGGAAUAUCACACAGAGAACAAGGCGCUUUUCCAUGCUGCAAAGGCUAUUGAGCAGGCAGGCAUGAUGAUGAAGGAGCAGAAGAAGAUGCCAGAGGCCAUCCAGUACAUUGAAAAGGCGUGCAUGAUGUACAUGGAGAACGGGACACCCGACACUGCCGCCAUGGCUCUGGACCGCGCUGGAAAACUGAUUGAACCUUUGAACUUGGAGAAAGCAGUGGAUUUGUAUCAGAAGGCUGCUGGCGUGUUUGAGAAUGAGGACCGUCUGCGUCAGGCUGUGGAGCUGCUGGGAAAAGCCUCCCGGCUGCUGGUGAGGUUAAAAAGACUGGAUGAGGCGGCGGUUGCUCUACAGAAAGAGAAGAACAUGUACAAGGAGAUUGAGAACUUUCCAAUGUGCUUCAAGAAAACCACAGCUCAGGUGCUGAUUCACCUUCACAGAGGCGACUACGUGGCAGCUGACAAGUGUGUCAGGGAGAGUUACAGCCUUCCGGGCUAUAGCGGCAGCGAGGACUGCGUCGCCAUGGAGACGCUGCUGCAAGGCUACGAUGAGCAGGACGAGGAUCAGGUGUACCGCGUGUGCAAUUCGCCGCUGCUCAAGUACAUGGACAACGAUUAUGCCAAGCUGGCUAUCUCCCUUAAAGUCCCUGGGGGUGGGGGCAAGAAGAAGAAGACUGCUGCUGCUCCACCUGGUGGCGCUGGCGGGGCGCCUGCUGCAGAGGAUGAGGAUGAGUAUGAGGGGGGGCUUUGUUAGCCACUUCCGACCCAUGCUAAAAACCUAAAUCUGUGCAUAAACAAAGAAGAAGCUUAUUUACUGUAAAAAUGAAAUGAAAACUGUUUAUGUAGGUGUUGCUAGUAAAUCAGUUGUAAAGUUUUCAUUUGAGGUAUGAAAGUUGUAUCAUUUCUGGUGACUUGUGUGUACAUUUGUCCGUGUGUCUGUAAAUGAAUUGUUGAUAACGAACACAAUCAAUAUGUAAUAAUCGAUUGAUCGAGUCAGCAUUUUGAUGGAGACAAUAUGCAUCCAAUGCAUGAUUUGACAGGCUGGACAAGACACGUGUUGUCCGCCUUCAGCGUUAAUGCAAAGAAGAUGAUGUAGAUGAAGAUGAUGUUGUGCUGGCUGCUCUUGAAACAACACAGCUGGAAAGGCAACAAUAAAAGGGUUUUUUUUAUUUAAAUUUGUGAUCUUGCCCAACUUGUUAAUUCCCCCAAAGUAUAUCAGAUGUAUAUGUUUGCACAUCCAUCAAUAAAUACUUCAAUUGUGUGGCAUUUC